CCUUUCGAUGUCUGCUUUGUUUUAUGUUUUUAUAAAGAAAAUUACUCAUUUAAUUAGACCCUUGACCCAGAAGCAUAACAAGUCUGAAAUGCAUUCGAUAACACGGCACAAACAACCGCUGGGAGUCGCGAAUUGCAGACGUCUCAAAUUGCAGUACAAAUAUACGAAGCAUAACAUUAUUAAAAGCCCACUAGUGUCUACGUGGUACAUUUAUAAAUUCAAUUCGUGUGUUAAACAUGUUAAACAAUCAGAUGACUACUUAUGUGACCGCCUCGAUAGCCACCGCGGGCGUUCUCGGUGGAGCUUAUUACGCCUACCGCCUUUACCAGGAGCAACAUCCGAAGCUACCGAAGAAAUGGGAGCAAGUUGGUGUUCUGAAAAAUAUAUUCGUCUACCCGAUUAAGUCAUGUGGACGAAUCGAAUUGGACAAGGCUGAAUGUUCAAUCUUAGGACUUAAAGAUGGAUGGCUUCGAGACAGAAUACUAAUGGUUGUUGACGACAAGAACAACUUCAUAACAGCCAGAGGUCACCCUGAACUGCUAAAGGUGACACCAUCUAUUAAAAACUCGGUGCUAACUUUGAAACAUGCUGACAUGGAACCUCUGAACGUCGAUUUAGCAGAGGUGGUCGGUCAACAAAAACCUGUAACAACUACUGUUUGGCGCGUUCCAGUACCUGUUUUCGAAUGCGGCUUUGAAGCAAACGAAUGGUUUUCCAGACUAAUUGAUCGGACGUCAAUCAAGUACAGCUUAGUUUACUAUGCAUCGCAAAGUAGUCGUCCAUACCGGGCCAAUAUUAACGGUUACUACAAAUUCAAAAAGAAUGAUACAGCUGGCCUUGCCGAUGAAAUAGCAUUCAAUCUCAUCAACGAGGCAUCAGUGGAUGAUUUGAACAGUCGUAUGACUAAUUGUAAGGUCUCUGAGAAAAACUUUCGACCCAGUUUCGUGUUAACAGGAGCGAAAGCCUAUGCAGAAGAUGAUUGGAAGUUUAUGAAGAUCGGAGAAAAUAUUUUCGAAAUUAUCAAACCGUGUACAAGGUGCGUUCUAACUACUAUCGAUCCAGAGACCGGUGUGCGUAACUCAAACUUUGAACCACUGCAGACCUUAAAAAGUUACAGACAAGUUGAAGAUCCUCUUGCACGCAAGAUAACGGGCUCUUCCCCACGCAUGGGAAUACAAAUGGCGUUACGAACCAAGCCUGGCGGCUUGGUCAAAGUCAACGAACCAAUUUACGUAGCAUAUUUGUCAACUUAUGUGACCGCCUCGAUUACCACCGCGGGCGUUCUCGGUGGAGCUUAUUACGCCUACCGCCUUUACCAGGAGCGACAUCCGAAACUACCAGAGACAUGGGAACAAGUAGGUGUUCUGAAAAAUAUCUUCACCUACCCGAUAAAGUCAUGUGGGCGUAUCGAAUUGAAUACGGCCGAAUGUUCAAUUUUAGGACUUAAAGAUGGAUGGCUACGAGAUAGAGUACUAAUGGUUGUCGACGACAAGAACAACUUCAUAACAGCCAGAGCUUUCCCUGAACUGCUAACGGUGACACCUUCCGUUAGAAACUCGGUUCUAACAUUGAAACAUGCUGACAUGGAACCGCUGCACGUCAAUUUAGCAGAGGUGGUAGCUCUGAAGAAACCUGCGAAAUCUCGUGUUUGGGGCGUUUCAGUACCUGUGUUUGAUUGCGGGUGGGAGGCAAGCGAGUGGUUCUCCAGGUUAAUUGAUCGAUCAUCCAUCAACUACCGAUUAGUUUACUAUGCAUCGCAAAACAGUCGUCCAUUCCGGGAAACAACAAACUCUUUCUUCAAAUUCACAAAGAAUGAUACCUCUGCGUUGGCUGAUGAAGUGUCCUUUAAUCUCAUCAACGAAGCAUCGGUCGAUGAUUUGAACACUCGUCUGACAAACUGUCAGGUUACAGAGAAAAACUUUAGACCCAAUUUCGUGUUAACCGGAGCGAAAGCUUACGCAGAAGAUGAUUGGAAGUUUGUGAAGAUAGGAGAAAAUGUUUUCGAAAUAAUCAAACCGUGUACAAGAUGCAUUCUAACAACAAUCGACCCAGAAACUGGUGUGCGUAACUCACAGACAGAACCAUUGGAAACCUUAAAAAGUUACAGGCAACUAGAAGAUCCUCGAGCACGCAAGUCCGCUAGCACUUCCCCACGCAUGGGAGUACAAAUGGCUUUACGCAGCAGGCCUGGGGGAAUAGUAACAAUUAACGAACCUAUUUACGUAGCAAAAUAA